AUGUUCAGCCGCGUGCCCGUUAGCGUACCAGCUCUAGGCGCAAGUGCUGCUAUCGGUGGCUUUGUGCUAGACGCUUGGAAGCGCCGGCAAGAAGAACAAGACCACGCUCGUAUGGUUAAUCGCGUGGUCCACAAUUCCUUCCACGCUUUCCAGCCCCAAGUGGAAAUCCCGCGCGAGCAGGUCCAGGCCCGGUGUCAUGUGCAAGCCGUCAGCAUCCGUGUCGCUUUGUGUUUCACCGUGUUGUUGUGCCAGGUCACCAUGAAGCGCCUGCUGGAUCUGGAUGACCGCUCCCUCGUGCUGAUCUGGCGCAACCACCAGGCCGGGGCUUUCGAACUGGCAGCGGCAUCGUCCACGUGA